AUGAGGGAAAAUUUCGUGCCUCCCUGGGCCUUCUGCCCGAGGGAUAAUAAUCAAAAUAAUGCCACUUUUGAAAAAGAAUAUAUUUUAAUGGACAAAAAGAUGAAGCAAAUAUAUUUUAAUAAAAAAAUAAAACAAAACAAUAUACAUAAGCUGAGGAAAAUUGUAAAUUUUUUUUUAAAAACAUAUCUAUUUAAAAGUGGAACAAGAAUAUAUCAUAUGAAAAAGCAUGUAUAUAUAAUUAGAAUUAUAUACAUAAUUAUUCAUAAGAAUAGGAAUAAUUUAUCAAAAAUUGUUUCAUCCUUUUUAAAUGGAUUUAUUCUUAAGUAUCUUCAGUCGGUGUUUUCCCUUGUAAGCAACAAAUUAUUCAUGAACAAGUGCAAAAAAGGGAAAAUUUGUAUACACAGGAAUAAUUUAUUUCGACCUACCUAUGCACCUUUAAGAAAUUCCAUGCAGUGUAUGUUCAUAAGGUCACACUUGAUAAGUAUAUAUAGCAUUAUUUAUGCAUACAUGUCACAUAAAGUUAGGAGGAGUCUAUAUACACUCCCUCCUUCGGAUCAGCUUUAUCAGAAACACGCUCCGUGUGAUAUUCACCCCCCCGAUGCUGCCAAUUGGAAUAAUUCUGACCAUCCAUCUGGUUACUCUCCCCCUGAUUCUGACAAUUGGAAUAUUUCUGACGACCCAUCUGGUUACUCUCCCCUUUUGAACCUUCUCAAAUUUUCCCCUGCUACACAACUCAAGAAGGAAUUUCAUAAAAAAAGAGAAAAACACGCACUUUUAAAAAAUAAAAGCAGUCUUCAUAAGUCUACGAGGAGUUAUUCUUCAUUUCGCCUUUUACUGCACCACGGAAGAACCACAAGACAGACACGAAGAGAUUUUAGUUAUACCCCCAUCAUUAUUUGCAGGAAAAGAUUUUUCUUUCAAUGUAAAAUUUUUUUUUGGCAUGUAAUAUAUUUUAUAAAGGAAAACAUACAAGACAACAUUGUCAACUACAAGCCAUCUAGAAUGCUAAUGACUCACUUCUUGUGUCUCCUCAGAAGAGAAAUAUUUAAAAGAAACCUGUCUAAAAAAUUUACAAUUAUUAUCUGUUCCUAUAUUUUAAAAAAUAUCAAAAAAAUCGCAUCUACACGCAAGAAAAUGGUUAAGAUAUGUAAAAAAAAUCAUUCUGCUGAUGAUCAUUCCAUCCCAUUUAUUAAAUCCAAGAGGAAAAAUAAAAAUUAUUAUUCUCACAAUUUACAGGAACCUCAUAUGCGAAAAUUUGGGACCGUAUUAAUAAGAUCCAUUUUAAGCACAAAGAGGGAAGUAAUUUAUUCUCAUUCCGUCUGUAUAAGUUGUAAAGAUGAUAACUCGAAUAAACGGGUACUAAUUUCAUACUUUCACACACAAACUGUUAUACGUAGAAAUGAUAAACAGAGUUCCAUCUAUAUAUCCAGUCCAUUCAGUUCAAAAAGGAAAAAUACAAAGGAAGAAGACAGCAAACUCAAAAUGAAACUUCUUAAAAAAUGCUCAUUCUGCGAAUGGGCAAUGUACAAUAUUUUAAAAGGGAAGAAACAAACUAUGAAACUUAUAUACGAUGAUAAAAAAAGGGAAAACACUUUUAUCAAUUUUUUGUUCAAAAAAUUUCGACACACUGAUUUGUUAAGUGCAGGGAAGAAGCCUGAACCUGCAUUCAUAUACAAUAAAUUUAUGAUGAAUCAUAUAAUAAUUUCUUACACAACUGGACACGGUCAUAUGUUAAAAAGAUUUCUACAUGAAUUAAACAAAUUUUCAUAUAUUUUUCCCCAUUUUAAAAGUCGAAAAAGGCAGCAUUGCUAUAUCCCAAACGAUCUUAUAAUUUAUCUAAUAAGCGAAAAAAAAAAAUUUUUUAAAUUUUGUGAAAAAGUUAAAAAUAUAAUAUUUUGUAUCGAAUGUGAACAUUUUGAAAUUAUCACAAAACACAUGAUAACUCUCAACAAAUUCACUUACACAUAUGGAGAGACCUUUAUGAACAUUUUGAAUUUUCUUCAACGAUCUGAUGUGUUUUCUCAAAAAAGUUCUAAUGUAGUAAUAUCAUGUAGCGAACCGAGUCAGCUUAGGGGAAAGGAUUACACUUGCGAUAUUAACAGAUCCACCAUCAUUGAUGCAUCAUCAUACAUAGACAACAGUGUCCAUAUCAAAAUGCUCUUCACCUUUGUUUAUAUCUUUAUGCAUGUGUUUACAUCGUAUGUAUAUUUGUUUUUUUAUGCCAUUCGUAAGUAUAAAAAAAAUACUCGAAAAAGAUACAUACUGCUAAAAAUUGUGCUUGUCAACACUUUUGGAAUAUCUCCUAAAGGGAAAAAACAGAAUCACAUUCCGAUCGAGACAAGUGUCAAACUUCAUUCCUUAAGAAACGGGGAUAUUGUACCUAAAGGUGAAAAAACAUACUAUAAAAAUUUGUUUAUUUCCCUUAUGUAUGGCAUUGUGAAGAAUGAGAAAAUCACCAACUUUAUUUUUAUUUCAUUUUUUAAAAACGAGUCCAACGUGGGGAAUACAAAACGUGUCCUUAUACACCUUCUUCUAACCAUCUUAAGUAUUAUAAAUAAAAGUCACGAAAAGGUGAAAAAUUCCAACUUUAAAGAAAAAAAAAAAAAAAAUGAAAGAAGAACAAAAUAUAAUUUAAAAAUCAAUACACUAGUUCACCUAGUUGAGGAACAAAUUUUAUGCAUCCUUUUAAAAAAAUUUUUUUAUUCACACUUUGAAGAAUUUCUUAUACAUAAUGAAGAACAAAAGAAGAAUUCUCCAAAUAAGAAUCACUUCAAAUGGGAAGAAAAUGUUAUUUACGAAAUUUUGAACCAAGGGAGGAACAAACGAAUUUGUCUUUACAAGUAUUACAAGACAUAUUUACAAUUUCUUAGGUAUAUUAAAAAGCGUACCAUUUUGAAAGUGGAAAAAGCAGUACCUGUCCAGAAAAGGAACUUAUAUUUAUUGCAAUAUGAGGAAAAAAAGUUUCUCAAAAAGGGUAAAGAAAAUUCGUUACACUAUUUUAAAGAGAAAUUCAGAAAAGUGAAAAACGAAUUUUACAUCUACAUGGGGAAAAAAUAUUUUCUAUUCUUCACAAUUUUGUUCUCUGCAAAAAAAAAAAAAUUAAAAAGGGUUUACAGCUUUUUGAUGUUAUUUGUAAAAAUUCUUUUUCUUCUAUCGGAACAGAAAAACUUCAUUUUGCAAUUUUAUUUUUACAAAAUGAGAAUUUUGGAAUUCAUGUUGCACAUUCUUACUACUGCUGACAACAGCAAAGGUGAAAGGUGCUGCCAUUUCUCUUCGCCUUUUUCAGAAUCGAAAAAAACGUACAAUAAUGAGGUCAAGAAUUCAUUUCAUUUAAAGGAAAAAAAGCAUAUCAUAGGGGAGGAAGAAGAGGCAGGAAAAGGGGAAAUCUUAGAAGCAGAACGUAACCAACUCGGACUUUGGAAUUCCCAAUUAGGAAGAAGCACAAAUAACAUUCAAAGCAAUGAGGAGAGAAGACCAUUUUUUAUCCACCCAAUUGUAUUAAACCGCCUUCAGAAUUAUUCUCCAAAUUGCCUAGUCCAAAAGAAGCCCAUCAUUUGGAUGGAACAUUCUGAAAAAUUGUGCAGUGCUGCUUCUCCAAAAAUAUAUCAUCAUAUUCAUCAUAAAUCAUCACACAGAAUAAACACAAUUCCUUUUUCUUCAUUUGAAAGAACAGAAUCUCCCAUGUCAAGUAGACAUGUAUGCAUAGAAGAAGAAAAAAAAAAAAAGGCAAAAAGAAGGAAACAAUUUGAAAAUAUUUACAAAAAUACCGAUUUUUCCAUGUGGGUAAUCCUCCUAAUUUUUUCCCUUUGUACGUCGUAUGAUAAAAAAGAUUUGAACUGUUUCUACUUCAUUGAAAAUUAUUAUGGUGAUCAUCAACAAGUGGUAGAGAAAAUUCAUAAUUUUGUGUCGAAAUAUGACAGAAAAAACACAUCCAAGCGUAACUAUAAGACGAAGAGAAAGACAUGUAGUUUUACAACACUUGUACACAAGUAUAUUCCCCUCAAGAUGCUAUUAAGUGCUGAGGAGAUACCUAUCAUGAAAGUCUUGCAGCUUCAUUUUAGUCAAAUGAAGGGUAGGAGAAAAAUUUUGCAUCACUUAAAGAAACACGCACAGGGAUUUAAAACACUGGAAAUGCUAUACAAUCUCACUGUUAUUAGCAGCAUGAAAAAUUUACAUCUUUUGAGAAAAAUAAAUGAAGAUGGAAAUGGAAGCAUUUACAUGUGUUCGCACAAAAUUUUUCCGGAUAAACGUUUCAUCAUAAAAUUAAUAAACAUACAGAAAGACAUUAACGAAAAUUACAUUUUUAAAAAUAUAUUUAAUGAAAUAAAAUGUCUCUUAAAAUUUCAAUACAUGAAUAGAAGAAUAUGUCAAAUGUAUCAAUACGGUGUUAAAAGAAAUGAUGAUUGCAGAACCUUCACAUAUUAUAUUCUUAUGAAUUGUUAUGAUAACAAUUUAAAAAAUUUUAUAAAUUAUCUACAUGUAAAUUAUUUAAUGAACAGAAAAAAAAUUAUGGAUGAUAAACCUUUUCUUUUUGACGACAAAGAGAUGAAAAAAAAUGUUUAUUUAUUUUUCAGAAAAAAUAAAAUUAUAAAAAAAUUAACAAAUAAAAUGUCUCACUGGAGAGGAGAAAUAAAAUAUAAAAAAUGGAAAAAAUGGAAUUUAUCAUUUUAUGAUAAUAUCCUGUACAAAUGCAUUCAUCUAAGGACAAUUCAGUUGCAGUACGUAACAACAGUUUUGAGAAUAUUUUCUCAAAUUGUAAAUGCACUUAUGUGCUUACAUAGAAACAGAAUAAUCCAUUUUGACAUUAACUCUAGUAACAUUUUGAUAAAUUAUGCUAUAUCUAAUUCUUCACCAUUAUAUGAAAAAAAUCUUUUCUCCCAGUAUACAUGUCGUCAGAUUGGAUAUCCCACGGAGGGCAACCGUAUCUCCCAAAUGCACUGUUUUCGGUCUCCCACCGCUUUUGUAUCCACAAUGGGUUGUCCAAUCCAUUCCCAAAAAAGAAGAAAAAUGAAAAACGGAACGAAAGCUAGAAGAGAGGCAAAUGGAAUAAAUCGGACGAACUCAGAAAAGGAGAAAAAAAUGAUAGACACAACAAAAAAAGCAAAAUAUAUUAGAAGUAGCAGAAAAAAGGUGGUCAAUCUGAAGGACAUAAGAAAUCAUCUUCCAAAUUGGAAAAAUCACACACACUUUGUGGAAGGUAGAAAGAUCCUCAGAACGGGACAUGUUAACGAUGUCCCACACAUUGUCAUUAGCGACUUUGGAGAAUGUAAAACUUUUUUUAGUAAUAAGGAUUUUCUCUUUUUUCGGAAAAAUAGGGGAAACGAACUGAUGGCGGCUCCUGAACUGAUGAAAAGGGGUACAGGUAAAACCACAAAGAAAUGGAACAGCACCGAUGAAAGGCUCAUGGGAAUAAAUAGAACUAUGGAUGUAAUAACAAAUUGGACAGAGAAACCGCUUUUCCUAAAAUUCGAAAUCACCAAUCCAGCGAGUUUUAAAUUUUCUAUUCGAAUGGAAAACAGCCAAAACAUUACCUGUUCGAAAAAAAAAAAGAACAAAGUAAAUGCAGGAAAAAAGGGCAUCUCCUACUGCACUAUUCGAAAAUUAUCUUCCUUUCGAUUUUGCAAACACAUAGAAAAAAUAAAAACACGACUAAAAAGGAAGUUAACAAAGGAACGAAUAUUUCAGAAAAGAAGAAGGGAUAUACAAAAAAGUGAUGUAUGGUUAAUUGGUUUCUUACUUUUCGAAAUGAUUACAAAUGAAACAUUAACAAAUGAAUAUAAUUUUUUUUUGUACAUAAAAAUAUGUGAAAGGAGAUAUCUACUGGAUAAAAUUGUUAAAAAAAAAAUUGGUAAAAACAUGAAGAAAAUUCAAAAUUUUUUUACUUUUUUCUUCCAAUUCGAUCCGAACAAGAGGAAAAGUCUUGAAGAAAUAUAUGCACAGAGUAAUCUUCUUUAUCAUUAUUAUGUUAAAAAGAUGAAGAAACUUAUUGAAUUGUUAAAAAAACUUGUAGGGACAUGUGUGAAUAAUAAAUUUACAGACGUCAUGAUACCGGAAAACGACCAAGCCUACAUACGCAAUGGGUGUAAUUAUUGUUCCAAUGUGUGA